AUGUAUCUUCAUCUCCACGUUAUUUUUAUCAUCUAUCCCAUUUCACAAAAUUUUAUUUAUGCACAUAACUUUUUUCAAGCACAAUUAUCACCAUCAACUCUUACAUCCGUACCGUAUUUAGACAGUGAAGUAGCUGUCUAUCAACAUAAUAAGAAUGGUUCACGUCUAGUUGUGCCCUCGUUGGUCGUACCAUGUCUCAAUCAGACACGUGUCUUUUAUAAUCCUCUGCAUGAAAAAUAUCUAUUAAAUCUUUCAUUAAUACUUUAUACAACUGAAUUGCUUACAACAAUUUUACAAUAUCUAUCAAAUACACUUAAUCGAUGUAGUCCACCACAAGAAAUAUGUGAAAUAAAAACGGUAUCAACUGAACGUCUUCGCGUUGCAUGGCAAAGACAAAACAAGUAUACACCGAAGUAUAACCUAGAUACAAGUUGGCGAUCGAAUACACCACGUCUGAAUAAAAUUGAGCUGCAUAUUGAAUUCUAUUGGAAUUCUGAUAAUAUACGUCCAGAUCGAAUUGUACAUUUAUUAAAUGAUGAAUUGAAGCAGUUACAGAAUAAAACUAGCCUUACAGAUCAAGAUCAGUCGUCUACUCAACAGCGACAAGAUCAAAAACAUAUUGGUCAGAAUCGUUCAUAUGACAGUUAUGAUAAUUCAGAAAAUGUAUCCGGUAAAACGGAUAGAUUCAAUGACCGUGCUAGUAGUAAUUCAACAGGACAAAAAAUUGUCGAUCAAAACAGUAAAGAUAAAUCACAAGCUAAUGCUUCUGGCCAAAGUCAAUCGAGCAGCUAUCAUCGUGACCGUUCAUCUGGUCACGGU